GUGCCAAUUGCCCAAUACUUUAUCACCUAAGAAAAAAAACCUGAUCUUCAUUAAUAAUUUGGUAAUUGAAAUUCAUACAUAAAAUUCUUGGAUUUCUAGAUUGUCAUAAUGUUAAUUCGAUUCACUCCUGUAAUUUUGCUGAUUGCAUCUGUGUUCGCAAAUACCGAAAAGGCCAUUUUCACCGGUCCACCAGCCGCCAAUAUCCCUUCGGCACAUCCAACCCUUGAAGACUUGCAUGUCGAUAUCCUCACCCCUAUCAAUUGGUCAAUACGAACACAUCUUGAGUCCCAAUUUCCCAAUAUUUCAUCACCUAACGGCAAAGCUACUUGGCUUAUCCUUGAUGAACUCACUGAAGGUCAACGUUAUGAAGUGAGAGUGUGUUGGGCUGCAACUCAACCUACCCAAUUCAAAAUCACCACUUAUGAGCUGCAAACCGUCUUCGAGACUCCCGAACUAAUAUCUGAGCUUUCAGAAUAUUCAUGGGCUCGCCAGUCGCUUGGGGGUAAUCAUGGGUCUCAAUCUAAGCCAGAAGAAAACCUCCGGAUUUCAAACUCCGAGAGAGAAGCUUCGGUUCUCUUUCUCCAGAUUCUAGCGGCGGCAGAUUACUUCACGCUAAAUAAGACGCUGAUGAGACACGUUCCGCCAGUCCAUGUGGAUAUCAUCCUCGACCCCUUUCUUCUUGGCGUACUGCCCCGUUCGUUAUUGCCAACUGUGGGCUACAUUACCGCAGUAGCCGUCACAUCCUGGUUUAUCGCACGAUAUAUCUCAAUGUGGAUUUAUAACUUAGGAGCAGAAGCAACCCCUGAGAAGAAGAUUCAGUGAAAUGGUAGACACGCUUUCGUCACUGCUUCCUAUAUUUGCCUCCCUAGAUCCAAACGAGAGUACCAUCGAAUCCCAGCUAUCAUAUCUCGUAAUCCUCGCUCAUCAAAGCAUUCCACACAACUCUGGACGGAAGCGUAACCGCAGCAUUGUCUUCAUUUUAUCCAUGACUCAAUCUAUGCUUUAAACCCAUCAGGAGACAUAGCCCAAGUCGAUUUUCUCUUAGCAAAAGUGAAUAUAGCGGAAAUGCUAGAAACCGAAAGAACAUGAACUCCGCGGUCUAUAAAUACGUCUGCUUAAAGUUCGCCAACGGCA